AUGAAAUAGCAAAAAAAGAUAAGGUAUUAGAUUAAUAAUAAAACUAGAAAGACUCACCGACGCAUUAUCUAAGUAAUAUAAAUUAUUAAGGAAGACUGCUUAGACUCUUGGGUGAAUACAAACGAGUAUUUAUUAUCAAAAUUCAGCCCUCCUUCUUGCAUCAUCUCUUAGGCUCCAGGAUCUAUGUUGGAAUUUCUUUUAAAAUCNUCUUUUUAUAUUAAUAUUUAGAUAAGCAAUUUUAUAAAUUACUAAAAUUCUGUUAUUAGUGAAAUUUGA